AGGUGAUCGAAGGUUGUGUCCUUUUUGUCUCUUUCAUCUUAUCCUACUCAUCUCUCUGUCACUCUCUCACAAUCUGCACGCGCCACAACACAAAAACCGGAAGAACAAGAACAAAGUGUGAAAAAUCUGUACUAUUAUUAGUGGGAGCAUUUUUUCCUGUACUCUUUCAAGUGGGUGAUUGUUUCCAUUUGCUUUGUUUGUGGUUAUGGCUUUCUUGUGGGGUCACUCGUCGUUUUGCACCAUCACAGGUUGCUUUCUGCUUCUGUGCUGUCGUGUGUAGCACAGGAGUUUUUACCAGUGUUUGUUUUGGAUUACAUUAUUGUACGUUUUUUUCCUUAAAGAAAGAGUUUUUGGGAUUCUUUUGUGUCUCAAUGAGUGCUUUUUCUGGAAGAGAAAUAUGGUUUUUUAGAAUUGCAGGGUAUUCAGGAAGUUGAAGGGUUUUAAAAAAAUUGUUUUUUUAGUAAUGGGGUGGAAGGUUUUUUGCUGUAAAACAAUGUUGAGAGAAGUUCAUUGUUGAGGAAGUUGUUUUUGUCUUUUUGGGUUUGGUGGAAAGUGUUGCGAAAAUGAGUGAAUCUUCAGUGAAGAAUUUGGCUAUUACAGAUAAGGUUCAAAAACCUGGUGGUUGUGUUGGCAUUUUCUUUCAACUUAUUGAUUGGAAGAAGAGACUUGUUAAGAAAAAGCUCUUCUCUAAGAAGCUUCUCACUCCUGCUCGUGCGAAAAAGUUUAGAGGAGAUGAAAAAAUGCCGAAUUCCAAGCUUCACUUGAUUGCUAAUGAGAAUAGUGGAGGUUUCCCGAAAGGGGGGAGUCACGGUGUAGAUGUAGAGCAAAAGAGUGAAAUGCGGGUUCCGAGUUUGGUGGCGAGGUUGAUGGGUCUAGAUUCUAUUCCGGCUGCUCAGCGAGAGAAGUCGAAGAAAGCUUUGUGUCCUGAUUAUAGUUGUGGCGAUGAGAAGGAGUGUUUGAGUGAUCGUUGUGAGUUGGAUAGGCAAGGUAAGGAUUCGGAAAUGAGAGUUGUGAAGCAUGAUUCGAGACCUCAGAAGCUUCAGAAAACGGGAUUGUGCGAGAGAAAUGCAGUGACUAGGUUUGGAGCGGAGGCUCUUCAUAUUAAGAGUGUUUUGUCGCGAGCGAAAAAGUAUAACCAAAAUCAUAAUCAUCAUCAUCAUCCGAAACUUGCUUCUCCUUUGAAAAGUCCUAGGGUUAGUUCUGGAAAAAGUGCUUCUCGAGGCUCUAGAUUGAUAGGAGCGGCUGCUAAGAUUUUGGAACCUGGACUGCAUGCGAGUAGAGGUAAAGGUUCUCUUACGAAUCACGCGUCUACAUGUCCUCUUAAGGCCGGCAUUGGAGCGGAUGGUGUUGGAAAUAAGUCACCGGUUAUGCAAAGUCAAUCUUGUUAUGCUUCCUGCACAGCCAAACCUUUAUCAGGGCAGUCUUCUUGCAAAAAUUGUGGCAAUUUGCUUGAUGUAAUUGAUUGCACGGUGGAGGUUAGGGGACCACCAGAUGUUUCUCCGCCGAUUGUUUCUGACGUGGAAAUCAAUGCUGCCUCUAUGGUAUCGUCGAUUAAGAAGGGAAAGUCUUUUGCUCCCUCUCAAGGACAAGGAAGAGAUAUCGUUCUUCCGAGAAGUCAGGGAAAGUUCUCAUCGUCUGUUUCUGAUGAAGAGGGGAAGAAUUAUGCGCAACGCUCAUGGAAUGAACCGACUACCAUAAGAAUUCCAAUGCCCCGCGAAGGUCCGGCUAAAUGUAGUUCAUCAUGUCAACCAUUAAGGGCUCGAGAGGAUGAUGCAUCUUCUUUCGCCUAUAAACACAAAACACAAGAAUCAAAAUUAAGUAGUGAAGGGUCUUCAUCUGGAUCAACAACGAGUAGUACGCAAGUAAAAAGAGUAUCAUCGCACGCGAGCACUGCAAGUGGGACUAAAGACUUUGUUGCUUUGAAUAGAAGUGUAAGUGGUCGAACAAGGAUGAGAUCGCCUACUAAAGUUGAUAGUUCCAAAUUUAACUUAGAGAAAAAACCUUGUUAUAGACAACAGCACGAGUCCCCGUCUCGUGUAAGGACAUUGGAGAGGAAAAGAACCCCGAAUGUCACACAACUCGAAGGCACGACUCCUGCUAAUUCAGUUGGUUUGAAACAGAGAAAUCUUCGCCAUGAUGCAAAUGGUGGAAAAAGGAGGGACUUUGGCUCUUCCUCAUUGAACAGUCCCAAUGUAAAAAAUAGAGGUGGUCAACGAGAACCGGUUAAGGUGAGCCCCAAUAGGAACAAUGAUGCAGUUUCAUUCACAUUUAGUUCCCAUUUGAAGCAAAAGACGGGAAUGCCUGUGGAGAUGGAAGAGACAAACAACAACAAUGAGAGGAAUAAAUACUUCCAAAGACCUCAAUCCUUGAAAGUUGAUGAGUUAAGUUGUUUUCUAGAACAAAAGUUAAGGGAACUAACUUCUCGAAAAAAUGAGUUGGCUACAAAUGCUCUACCUCAAAAAUCAAGUGCGGUGAUUCUUCAGGAGCUGAUAUCUGCUCUAAGUUCAGAACAUUUGAUCGGUCAUGACGGUCAUAUGCAUAGUGAAGAUGUUGGAUUCCUUUGUGAAACCAAACAAGAAAGAUUGUUAGGAGCCUCUUGCAAUGAUAAUCAUCUCAGUCCCGGAUCUGUUUUAGAAGCUUCAUUUUCUUCUAGUAGUCUCGACGAAAGCUCAGGACGAGGUUUUCACCCUGAUUCCGUGAGUUUCUCGUAUAGCCAGCCGGAACAAAUGGAACAUGACGACGAACUUUUAGAUUCUGCAGUGUCUUUUAAUAAAGGAAGUAUAAGCAAGAUACUAAUUGAUAUUGUCUACCAAAUUUCUAUGGCAUUGCAAUGGUUAUAUUCUUUCGGGACACAUUUCACAAGAAGCAAGCUCAACAAUAUGAAGAGUGUUCUAAUGAAUGCUGAAUUAGUGCUUCGAAUUGCAAAUGAAAAUAGCGAGGAAGAAAUGCCGCAACCACAGCUUCUAAUUUCUCGGUUUCUUCAUAAUGAAUUGGAUGCUAUGUUGACUGAUUUUAACGGUUUUGUUGGCUGUGAGGAUUCCAAUUCCAAUUCCAAACCAAGAAAGAUGCUCAAUGGAUUUAUCUUGGACUGCGUUAUAGAAUAUCUAGAAUCUAAUUGUUACCAAUAUUUUCACUCUGGAUUCAACUCAUGGACGCAGCUGCCGUUAUGCAUGAAAGACGUGACAUUGACUCAAGAGGUCACGAGAGAGGCAAAUAAGUGGGCGUGUAUGGUUGGGAUGGUACCUGAUGAAAUAAUCGAAUGGGAGAUGAGUCAUUCCCUCGGGAAAUGGGAUGACUUUGAUAUCGAAGCAUUUGAGGCCGGUGUUGAUAUAGAUGGAGUUAUACUUCAUAGUUUGGUUGAUGAAGUUGUUGAAGAGUUUGUAGGUUGCAAGCAUAGUUCUUACUCCUUUUGAAAUUCCACUGAGUUGGUCAUGCAAUGCAGCAUAGCAUCUCUAUAUUCAUGUUCUGUUUUUUUGUACAAAUGGGAUUAUGGUAGUAUCUCUAAUGGAGGGUUCUUUAGGCCUAUAUGAAUUUUGGACAAAGAAUGUCCUGUGACAAUGCUGUUGUUUUAAUAAUGUUAUUAUUAUUUUGUGUUUCGAUUUGAGGAAAUUAGUAUGUUUUUGGUUUUA